UCUUAAGAUGGCACACUGAAAGCUAUGCAACAGUUUCGUUAGUUAGUCGUACUAACCUAUAGCGCAGGAGUCGGCAACCUAUGACCCGUUGGUCAUCGAGUGGCCCAUUUGAUGAUUUCAAGUGACCCUCUUUAGAUCCGAAAUUAAGUCCUUAUAAGGAUAAAGCAUUCGGAAGGAAGCCUCCGCAGAGAAGUGUGUUUGUUGUUAGUGGCAAUAUUUUUAUCAAUUAAUUGUUCAUCCUUGUCGAUGACAACGAGUAUCAUUAAAUGUCUGAGUAUAAGUGAACUGAAUUUACUUGACUUUCCAAAGGCCACUAACAUUCUUUGGCAAAAUGUGGGCAUUGAAGACAUGGUUUCCAGAUUCUUUUCUUGCAGCAGUCACGCUUUUGUUGAUGAUAGAUCAAACAUUGUGUCUGCGUAAUGUCAGUGUUACCAUACCGACCGCUGUAAAACGUAGCGAUAAUGCGAUAUUAAUCUGCAAUUACGACAUUGAAAAUGACACACUUUACUCAGUUAAGUGGUAUCGUGGACGUAGAGAAUUUUAUCGCUAUACACCGAAAGAGAAUCCAGCUUGGAAAAUAUUCUCCCUGACAAAUCCGGGCAUUAAUGUUGAUAUUAAUCAUUCAAAUGCUAGUCAUGUUUGGCUAAGUAAGGUUGCUUUGGCAAUAUCAGGUAAAUACGCGUGUGAAGUAUCAGCAGACGCACCCUCUUUUCACACGUUAGUCAGUUUUGGCGAAAUGUGCGUGGUAGAAUUACCAACUCAAAGACCAAUCAUAACAGGUAUUCAUUCGCGUUAUCGUUUAGGCGAUAACAUCGAUGGUAAUUGCUCAUUGGACUAUACCAAGCCGGCAGCUAAUCUGACAUGGUGGAUAAAUGAUAUACAAGUUCCUCCGAAUUACUCGCGAAUUUAUCGUACACAAAAACAUGAAGCGGAGCAGUUGGAAUCGGCUGUUUUGGAAAUCAACUUUGUAGUUACUCUUCAGCAUUUUAUUAAAGGACGGCUCAAACUAAAAUGUUCUGCACGCAUUUACCGCAUAUACCAUGGUGAAGCCGAGAAGUAUGUAGAGGAAGAUAAACCGCGUAUUAUGGCGUCUGGGCGUUCACCAGAAACGUAUCCAUUCGAUCGCAAUAAUGAUGAAUUUGAUGAAAGUAAUGAUGAAAACGGUCUAUACCUAACUAGAUAUAAUGAAUAUGCUUCAUCUUCCGCUUGGAAAGAAAAGCCUACAUUUUUGUGGCUGCUAAUAAAUGGCUUUUUACUAAGCUAUUGGCGAACGGCGAAAUUCUCCAAAGAAAUCAUUUUGUAUAAGUUAACAAGUAAGUUCAUUUUAUGUAAGAAGUCGUUUGCAGUCGUAGUGCUAGUUUGCGAAACAGCUGGAAAACUAACUGGAAGCGUAAUGAACGCUCGACACACGUUGGCGAGGAAUUAUUAUAAAACUCUCAAUAUAAGCAGACACCAAAGGUGAUAAGCUAAUUAGUAUUAAUAUUAUUAAAUUAAAACACGCGUAUGCAUCCAUUCACUUACAUCCACAAUACUUACAUACAAAAUGUUUUAAGCAGAAAUACAUAGAAAUGUUUUCGUUGCGUAUGUAAAUUCAUUCACAUACAAUAUAUAUAAAAAUUUACGUGUACAGAGUUGACGUAAGAUGGAUACAAAAGUGUACACAAAACACAGUGCGAAGCCAAAGUAUCCAUAAUAACAAUAGCAAUAAUAAUAAUAAUAAUAAUAAUUAAUAAAUUAAUUAAUUUGUGAAGAUUAACCGAAAUGAAGUAAAUAAAAAAAUUAGCUAAUAUCAUAAAGAAUCAUUUCAUAAAAAUAAUUAAGCGCGCCGGCAAUGUGGCAAAAUAGACUAAAUGGAGCGCAAGACGAUUGAUGAAACUGUGAAAAUUCAAUAAAAUGAAAUAAUCUCAAAACGCAGAAACAUAAUGUAAGAGAAUAUAUGCAAGGAACGAUAUAAUAUUUCAAAGUAAUAGAAUAUAAAAUAAUACAAUAAAUUAAACAAAAUCGAAUAAAUUAAAGGAAGGGAAAACACUAUAGUAAGCUAUAACCCAC